AUGACUCGUCAUGCUAGAAAUUGUACAGCAGGUGCUGUUUAUACAUAUCACGAGAAAAAAAAAGAUGCAGCUGCAUCCGGAUAUGGUACAGAAAAUCAAAGAGUUGGAAAAGAUUCUGUAAAAGAUUUCGAUUGUUGUUGUUUGACGUUACAGCCAUGCAGAAAUCCAGUUGUUACUCCAAAUGGAUUUCUAUACGACAAAGAAGCCAUAUUGGAAUACAUAAUCAAAAAAAAAACUGAAUAUGCUAAAAAAUUAAAAGAAUAUGAAAAACAAAAAAAUAAAGACAAAGAAGAAUUAGCUGAACUUGCACAAGCUGAAAAUUUAUCUAAAAUUAAAAAUUUUUUAUCAUGCGAAAAAAAUAUAGUAACUGAAAGAUUAGUCAAAGAUGACAAGACGAAUGGUGAACAAUCGACAGUGUCUAACAUGGCAAAUGGUAGGGAUAAAAAAUUACCAAGUUUUUGGAUUCCAUCCAUGACGCCAGAAGCUCAAACUUCAAAAAUGGAAAAACCUGACAAAACAAUUUAUUGUCCGAUGAGUGGUAAACCGUUAAAAAUGAAAGAUUUAAUUCCUGUCAAAUUUACAGAAGUUAAAGAUCCCGAUGAUAAAAAAUCAAUAAUUGUUAAAAAAGUCAGGUAUAUGUGUCCUGUGACUCAUGAUGUUUUAAGCAAUGCUGUACCUGCUGCAGUAUUAAAACAGACGGGUGAUGUUGUAACAUUGGAGUGUGUCGAAAAAAUAAUAAAGAAAGAUUGGAUUCAUCCAUUGACAAAUGAGAAAAUAUCAGAAUCUGAUAUAAUAUUAUUGCAAAGGGGAGGAACAGGAUAUUCAAAAACUAAUGAAAAAUUAGAAGGAAAAAAUGAACGUCCCGUACUUAGGGCAUAA